CUGGGCUGGGUGUGACCAUAAAGAAUGUCAAACAAAGAGAGAGUGGCUGGCUGUUUGUCAUAGCGGGGGAAUAGAGGAUUUUACCAUCCAUGUUCAUCUCCCACAGCAACACAGCAGGCAGCUGGUGUAGGAGCAAUAGCCCUUACCUGCUCUGUCCGGUGGCACUGACAGUGGAAAGGGUGGAGGAUGUUUGACACACUGUAUGAAUGGUUCUGGUGGGACAGAAUCUGGCUGCCUAUGAACCUGACGUGGGCUGACCUGGAGGACAGGGAUGGCCGGGUAUAUGCCAAAGCCUCACAUCUCUACAUUACUGUGCCCUACGCCUUCGCCUUCUUACUCAUCAGAUACCUGUUUGAAAGGUGGAUAGCAACACCACUUGCGGUCUCAGCUGGGAUCAAGCAGAGCUUCCAUCUGAAAGCAGAGGACAACCCCAUCCUGGAACUCUACUACACUACUCAAUGUAGAAAUCCUGCUCAGGCAGACAUUGAUGGGCUGGCUAAAAAAAGCAGUUUGUCAGUGAGACAAGUUGAGCGCUGGUUCAGAAGAAGACGCAGUCAAGACCGUCCUGGAGUCCUGAAAAAGUUCAGAGAGGCCAGCUGGAGGUUUGUCUUCUACUUGUCGGCGUUCAUCGGAGGAAUAGUAGCACUGUAUGAUAAAGAAUGGUUUUAUGAUACUUGGGAAGUAUGGACAGGUUUUCCAAAGCAGUCCAUGCUGGAGUCUCAGUACUGGUAUUAUAUCUUCGAGAUGAGCUUCUAUGGCUCUCUUCUCUUCAGCGUUGCCUUUGAUGUCAAGAGAAAGGACUUUAAGGAGCAAAUCAUCCACCACUUGGCCACGCUGGUCCUCUUAUCAUUUUCCUGGUGUGUCAACUACAUUCGUAUAGGAACACUGGUCAUGCUCGUCCAUGAUGCCUCCGAUGUUUUACUGGAGUCUGCCAAACUAUUCAACUAUGCCAAAUGGGAGAAAACCUGCAAAACUCUUUUUGUUCUGUUUGCCAUAGUGUUUAUGGUAACACGACUGAUCAUCUUCCCAUUCUGGCUGAUCCACUGUACCUGGAUCUACCCCAUUCACCACUACCCUGCCUUCUUUGGCUACUACUUCUUCAACGUGAUGCUAGUGGUUCUUCUCUGUCUGCACAUAUUCUGGGCCUACCUCAUUCUCUGCAUGAUCAGAAAAUUCCUGUUUGGCACUCUGACCAGAGAUGAGAGAAGUGACAAUGAAGAGGAAGAGAGCAGCCCGACAGAGGACGAAGGUGAGGAGCAGCACAAACUUGGCAAUGGAUUGGUAGUUGAUGAGAAGGAGGACAAGAAUGGCUGCUUUCGAUGCUUGUCUCCACCAGAGAACCUCUGCUGGUCAAAGACUGUACUGACUCGUGCUCAUUAUGAUCAGUAGAUUUGAAGACGUGAGAAAUAGACCAAUGGUUAAUACAUUUUAAUCCAAUAUGGACCAAAAAAAUAAGCAAAAUGUGAUUUAUUACUUCAGAUGCUGGAACACAACCUAGCCUAAAUAUGCCUUGCUGUUCUCACAGUGCUUUGAACUGCACACACAGAGAGGGAGAGAGACUUUGAGAUGUUUUUGGCUCUGUUCUUCCCCACAGUGUUGUCAAUGGCAGCGCUUCACUGUCCUGCAGGUCAAAAGAGACCAGCGAUCCAAACAAGACACAAACCCCACUGUGUGCUUAUCAUCAUAUCUAAUUUGUUCCGUAUUGUUUGUGAAGAGCAGAGCGGGUGCGCUGUAGAAUGUUCCCCCAGCCGCUUCACCCCACUGUUUCAUCCAAGGGCUGCUGGCUUUUAUAUCAACCCUCUGUUGGCUCGCAUCGCUUAUUUAAGGUCACAGGGAGAUGAAUGGGAUCCAGUAACACCAUAGACUUCUCCAGAUAAUUGUGAGCUUGUGAGGUGGGGUGGGGUUAGACGGGUGGGGGUGUUAUGUUGGUGUGCUCACCUUCAUGAGAAGUGCAUGAAGGUGAUCUGUGUAUAAUAGUCUAUAUUUAAAACUACACUGUCCAACUGAGGCCUUCCAUGAAACACCUCCAAGUUCCCAUCAUGUGCAGUUCACAGAAAAACCCUAUGCUGGAAUAAUACUACAUGACUGCAGGUUUUCUGUAUGUCAAUAAGUUAGUAGUGAUUUCAUUAAACACAACUAUAUUUGAAAUAUGCACCUUGUGAGCACUACACAUACUAAAAUUAAGUUUUAAAACUAGAUUUUGUCACAGGUCAAAAUCUUAUGACUGUCUUGCAGGGGUAGGACCUGGUUUAGUUGAUCUUGUAUUUUGUUUUGUUAUUUCCCAAGAAAUUUACAAUUAAUCUAUUACUAGAACCAAUUGACAUGCAAUAAACCUGGGACUUUUGGAGCCCCUGUGGGUCUGGGAUUUUGGGGCAUUUUCCUGCUGAACCUGUUUGGUAAUCAUUUUAAGGCCCAUUGGUCCAGGAUGUGUUUAGCCUGGAUUAGCUCAAAGACUGGGAGCAGAGAGAAAUUUCAAGUGCUAAAACAAGUGAAUAUUUCAUCAUAUUUUCAAAUUUCUGGAGCUACCAUUCAUUUUUAUGCUCAAAUUCAAAAUACACAUAAAAAUAUCAUCUUUCAGGGCUUUAGUGUUGUUGAGUCUAAUCAGUCUAUAAGUAACCUUCUUGAUAUGGAGAAAACUGUUUAGUUUUAUAGUUUAGUAUCUAUCACUUUCACUCUUUCCAUUUUCACAUAUAUAGAACCGAAGUGAGACCGGAACCAUUGCCAUUUGAAACAAUGCUAAUGAAAAUCCAGCCUUGGAACACAGCCUUUCUCAACAGUAUGUUGUGUGGCUCACUUCAUAUGUUUGGAUAAGGACGUAGUUUUUGGAAAAAUGAUCUAAUAGUGUUGUUUAUUUAAUAUUUCUGUUUCAUAGCAUCCUUUGACAUAGAAGUGCAUGAAGAAAUCUCUAUCAACCCAUCUUUAAACGGAACUGACUACACUAAAUCACCAUUGGCACUGAUUGAAUCAGUAGCUUUUAGCAGGUGGAGCUCCUCACUGGUAACUGGGAGCACAGUUGUCAGCUCAGUCGUGAUUUGCAGCACGUUACUUCCUCGUUAAAAGACCCCAAAAACGCAGAAACAAUCAUAAUCUGCUAACUCUGUUGUAAAUAGUAGGCCGCUGAGCUAUUAACCUUACGAACGGUCCUUGUAUAGGCUAAUUUUGUACUGAACUGAACAUGACAGCUUGGACUACAAAAAGACUGAAGACAGUCUGAAUGUCGCAGCCAUAUGAACGGUGAUGCGUUCACUUACUGAAGUGCCUUUGUACCUACUGAAGUGCCUUUGAAUGGUGAUGCUCAGAGCUGUCAUCUCUCACGCAUUGACCAUGAGCUCAUGCAAUUGACACUUUUCACACACUCUCACACCACACUUUUCUCACACAGUGAAAAACACAUUUAUAACUGAUAACACGAAUCAACUCCGCCCAGCUGAUGCGACACCAGUGUACACCGGGAUAGUGAUCAAGUGGAUCCACUCUUGCGCUGUGAGUCACAGACAGUUUGUGACUAGAGUGAUAACGUUAAUGGUAGAGUAUUGUGAUAGAAAAAUUAAACCGCCAACAACACCAAGUUUGAUGAAUUGAUCUCUGUCUGUCAUUGACUGAUUGAUGUCUUUUACCAUCUUAAAAUAUAAAAGUCAAGUAUGGAUACAUUAAGAUAAAAAGGAAUAUGUUCCUAUAUCACCCAUUCAAUUUAAGACAAUGAGAUGGUGGCUAUACAAUGUUUUUUUAUUUUUAUAUUUUAAAAAAAGGGAAUAAAAAAGUAAUGUAUUUUGAGUUACAGUGAGAAGGUACACUCAUAAUAUACUCUUCAUAAUAAAGAGUAUUAGACACUGGAUUUGAACAUGAACAAAAGCUAACAUUAAUUUACAGUGAUCCUGAUAAAAUUCAGUGUGUGCCUUCUUAAAAUAUAUAUAUAUAUAUAUAUAUAUAUAUAUAUAUCAUAUUUUGAUACGCUGUGUGACAAAGCAACAGGCUACAAGUCAUUUUCAAUGGAAGCCGGUGAGAUGAAGCUACAAACUGACAGGCGUGACGAACUACAAAUCAAAGUUGAGCUGGCCUCAACUUCUUUCAGUGCUCAAAUGGCGCAGUGAAGCGUCAACCAAUCAUAUGUUUUUGUUUCACCAUUUCUGGUUUCCUUCUCUCUCCCCACAAUUCCUGCUCUGUUCUGUCUAAAAAUGGAAGAAAAACGUAACUGCGUCAACAAGCGCUUUAGCAACACUUCAACGGCAACUCUGCGACCAUGUAGUUGGCCAUUCUUGGCUGUUUUGUAGCUUUGUUGCUCACAGUGUGAACAUCAGCUUUAUAUGUUGUGAUUGAAGUUGCAAAUAGAACAUUAUCUCUUGAUAGAGCGAUAAAUGAUAUGCCAUAGAUCUACCUGUACAAUGCUUCAGUACAGUUUAUAUCCCUAAUUGAAUACCACAACAUGUGAUGUUCAGUAUGGUCAUGGGUUAAACAUGUAGAAAGUAAGACUGCUUUUUUUGAUGUAUAUUCACCACUUUUCUGGCAGAAUGAUUAAACUAAGCAUGAUAGCCAUCUUAAUCAUAACAUGUUGCUUUUAAGUAGCUGAGAAUAUGAUAAAAGCAUGUAGAAAUGCAGAAAAUGGUAUUAUGGAAAAUGGUAUCACUUUCAACACCCACAGUCUCUGGCCUGUCUCUGACCCCUCUUUUGGGCGGCAGAGUCAUCAUGAAGAAGAUAUCCAAGAAAAAAGAGGUAAAGUGAAGAACAGCCACCACUACAAUACCCUUAACAAGUAAAUCGUGCAUAACCAGAAUAAAACAUAGGUACAACAGUAGUGGCAUAUAUGGUCCAUAUAGUUUACAAGUGCUACGAAUAAAACCAAUGCAUAAGUUAGUUAAGGUCAGUGCUUGCAACUGCCUGUCUUCGCUUGUGUCAGUGAUCACACCAAACAGCCAAUCAAAAGUCAUGGUCAGUUCCAUCUCUGUCUCCAUAGUCUAAAACUGAACUUGACAAGAGAGCGGGACCACAUUUGUACACACGGAGCAGAAAUGCUCCCUCGCAAGGAUGGUUUUCCACUCACGGAUUCUGUUCUGUGCGCUCGUAUCACAUGCACAUGUCUGGUUUUUAUGUGCCUGGGUUUUCAGACUAAUUUUGGCAACAGAAUUACUCCAUAAAUUCACCAGAAUGCAAAAAGAGAGGAUAUGAUGUCUGGAGGUUGACAAGUAUGCUGGUCAGGUCUGUGUAUGUUCAGGCAGUUUAUUUUUUCAUUUGAAACCAACCAGCUGUUUUUCUUUUUUUUUCUUUUUUGGUUUAAAAUGAAAAAAAACAAAAAAAAAAACAUGGUAUUUACAUGUAUGCUCAGGCAGUUUGUUUUUUCAUUUGAAACCAAAAACAAAAAAACAAACUGCCUGAGCAUACACGGACCUGAUCAAACAUACUUGACCAUGAUUAUUGUAUUGGCUUUACAUCUAUACAUGCAUUAAAAGUGUGAAUUUGGCUAUUGAACUUUUUAAACAAAAUUCCUGGGGGUUGAGGAGUGAUGACCCCGACCCCUGCAGUGAGUAAUAUCACAGAAGACCUACUCAUAAAAUGCACCAACUUCACUGAUACCAAAUCUCACUCCAAACUAAAUUGAAAACUUGACAGCCCUGGUGAUGCGUUGCUGACACAUGUACUGUGUGUUAAUUUGAACAGUGAUGCGACCACUUAGCUUAGGAAAAAAAGUGAAUGAACUACAUUGACUACGAAUCUUUGAGCUGAGGUCGAUCAGUUGGAGAAAUGAUGAGCCCUCCCUAAUACCUCCAUGGAUGAGACUGUCCCCCCAAGAAGAAGCGACAAAGUAGGGAGGAGGUCAGGGUGGAUGGGUGGAUCAAUAAAACAUCGGACUUUAAUACUGAGCAAGAAGCAGUCAUCUUAACCCAAACCACUGUUUCCCUAACCUUAACACCUUAACACCAAACCAUGAUCUUUGGGUCAAACCUAACCAAGUCGUUUUUGUGUUCAAUGGUAAUUUGUAACAUUUGUGGAAGGUACAGACAAAUCCUGUAGUCUUGCCAACAGGGGCGUCAGAUCAGAAAGCUUCUAUGUGUUCUUGAGAGCAUGGAUAAGCUACGUAUUUUGUCAUUUGAAUUGGAGGACUUGUUGGAAAUGACUCCUGUGAUUAGCUGAACAUCACAGAUCUACAGUAAUAAGUGUUGGAGGUUUUACAGCACAUACUUUAUCAGCGUUACUGUACAGUCACUAGAGUACAUGAGUUUUCCAAAUACAAGAGAAAAAUAUUUAAGGAAGUUUACUCUUGCCUAACAACACUAAUGCUGUGCCAAAGAUGUAUCUGUUACUGCUCUCCACCAAACUGGAGAAAACAAGCAUGGAAAACUGGUUGUAGGUUUAUUUAUUAUAUGGAAAUACUGAGUGGUAUUAUGUGUGCUGAUGGUAUGCUUGUAUUUUCAGAUCAGUCCCUGGGAGUCAUAGGCAGACAUUGCAGCAACAUUGAAAAAAACAGUUAAGGAAGAGUGAGUUUGAGCAAUAAAAAUGUGUGGUGUUGGGAUGGAAAUGCAUUCGUCUUUAUAUUUCGUUUAGCCAACAGCAAAUGUAGUGCUGUCAGGUCCAGGAUGUUAUAAUGAAGAGUCACAAUUUUCAAAUGUAGCAAGUAGUCUUAAACACUGAACUGUUUGUGUCAUUUUUAUGCUACAAUAAAUAAAAUAGUGAAAAAAUUG